UCAUAAUUUCUUCCCUUUGCAUUCAUUGCUUUUGAUUUUUCCAUCUAGGACAGUACCUUAAAAAUGGAAGAUUUGGGUUCUUUCUGGAACUAUCAAGAGAGUUUUGAUGACUUGAAACUGAAUCUUCAAUACACUGCAAUGGAGCUACAGUCUGCGAAAAUGGAAGCGAAUGAGCAAAUAAGGAAAUACAAGGAGGAGUUGAAGCUGAUGCUCAAUCUCCUGAACCUUGCUUACCAAGAAAGAGAUGAAGCAAGAGACCAAUUGCAGAAGCUACUCAACAAGUUCAUGCCGUGUGAAACCCCGUUUAUGAUUGCAGCCAAAACCAACUCCAGCAUCACUGAAUCCAACAGUUUAUCAGACGCAUAUAAUAAUCAUUCUUCCCCUGUCGAUUCCUUGUUCGAUGCCGUCAAUUCAUCGGAUUUUCCCGCCGUUAAAAUGGCCGAUCCGAGUGGAAUGGGGCUUUUGACACAACCCUUUGGGUUGGUUCCUUCAAUGUUUAAUGGUGAAAAAGGUGUGAUUGAUAACCUUGCAAAGGGGAAAACUUUGCCGGAGAAAGGGAAGCUUUUGCAGGCUGUAAUGGAAGCCGGGCCUCUCCUUUCGACACUUCUUGUUGCCGGUCCUCUUCCUCAAUGGAGAAACCCUCCUCCUUCCGACACUUUUAAAAUCCCCCCUGUAUCCGUUUCUAAAACUGAAAAUGAGAAACCAGUGAUUCGAAAACGAGUGAACUCGUCAUGGUAUCCUGAAGUGACUCGCGGGACUCAUCAAAUGUGUUCAUCGGCCAUGUUGAGUUUUGCAAGUUCUGGUUCUGGGAUGAUUCACUCGCCGAUCAUGAGUUCGGGUGCUUGUGCUAAUGCUCAAAUCACACUGACAAAGCGGCAGAGGAUUUAACGAGGCUUGAAAGAAGCUUUGGCUUCAUUUUUGUAAAGAUUAAAAAAGUUGAGGGGUGAUGGUGUAAAUUUGAUACUUUUUGAGGGGUUGAAUUGAUUGAAAGAUAUAUCAUAGCCAUUUUACACUUUUUUUAAUUACUUCAGUUUAUUCUUUU